AUGAAAAUUAGAAGACCUGUUUGGUCAGACACACAAACGAAAUUUUAUGCUCACAACCUCACUCUUUCAAUAUUAUUUGUCCAAUUUAAUGUUUUACCUUCAAUUUCCUCUCAUUUGAUUGGCAGUAUUACCCAUGUCAUUUACUGGCUUUCGGUUUUUGGUGUUCUGUUACUGUGCUGCCAAAUGAUAUCUAUUCUUGGUCUUCUCUCCUACACUACGAUCCUGCUUUAUGGCGCUGCAUUUCUGUUCUGCAUUUCAAUCGGUCUUUUCUACUUGGCUGAAUUGGUGGAGGAAUACACUGUUACAACCGGAAAAAUAAUCCGAUUUACUUUAUGCACCGUCAUAGUCCUCCAACUCUCAUUUCCCCUCCUUGAUGGAUUAUCCAUUAUUUUGGUUGCCACCGGCAUUAUCGUACACCUUUCCUACUUUCAACUCCUUGCCACGUAUCCAGCAUUCAACUUCACUUCAUUUAAUUUCCUUCUAAACUGCACUUUUUUUAUAGUCCACCACAUUGUUGCCUUUACCUCCGAGUCAUUGUACACCAAAGAUGCCCUUUUCAUCCUUACUUAUUUCACGUUUUUUGUUUGGUUGGUACCCUUUAUGUUCCUUCUCUCCUUAUCAGCCAAUGAUGACACUCUGCCUCAGACUGUGGACUACGUAAGGUACCAAGAGACGAGACCGCUACUGAGUGGAAAUGAUGACUUGGUAUCAAGCUUUCUUAGGAGCAAACGCCGUAGCCUUUACUCCCUGCUUUCGCAUCUACGCGAUCAGUUGCCGGAUUUUCGGUCCAAAAAACUCUAUUAG